AUGAGCACACGUGUGAAGAGGAGCGAAGCGCGCAGUAUGAUGGCUGCCCACCAGCCGUCCGGAGGAUCCAGCCCGGGGAAAGGAUGGUCGACAACCCGGCCUACCCGAACCUCGCGGCGGAUCUCCGGGCGGGGCAUUCCCGAGCCGGUCAUCAGGUCCGACAACGACGGCGAGUUGGUGGAAGACCCGCGGGUGGAGCAGCAGCGAUGGCGGCUUCGCAGAGCUGUCAACCGGGCCUACGGCCGCAUUCCGACUGGCGCGGCGGAGGUCGAAUGGACCAGCGAGGAGCCGCCCCAGGACCAGCAGGCUCCCGGUAGCCACGCCGAGUCUCUGGCAGCGGCUACGUGGGAAUAUCGCCGGAAGUGCGUGGAGCGACAGCGGAGCGAGAAGCGGCGGUUGAAGGAGAUGGAGGAAUCACCGGAGAGGCAGCCCCAACUGCGGACGGCCGAGGAGGAGGAGCAGCAGCUGUGGGGAAAACCCGGGGUACCCACCCACACCGAGCACACCGAACAACGACAGCAGCCACAACGCGAGCAGCCACCACCGCAGCAGCAACCGGAACAACUCGAGCAGCCACCACCGCAGCAGCAGCCCGUACGACAACAGCAGCCACAACGCGAGCGACGCCAGCAGCAACAACCCGAUCCGUCGCAGCAACAGCCAGGGAAUUCGAUGGGACAACACAUCCGAACGAGCAUACCGGCGGCGCACGUGAUCCACAGUACCCGGACGUUCGUGGCCGAAGGGGUAAGGUGGCGGCAGCAGACGGUCGUCUGGACCUGGCCGGAGGAACCCGCGGAGGAGACGGCGGCGACGGAGGAGCCCCGAAUCUGGGAGGAGUGGUCCCCGGGUGAGCCCGCUGAACCCCAGGACCCGCGGCAGACCGGAGCAUUGGGCCCCACCGACACCGAGCACCGGACCGACGACGGCAAGGACAGGGCCAUCGACGCCAGCGCCAACAGGGAGCGCGACGGUAACCGCAGAGCCAGAUGA